AUGGAGGCCGUGCUGUGCGAGAGGGAUGUAGAACGCCUCAAGUCGCUAAUAGACAAGUACGAAGGACAGGAGGAUGUGUACGAGACAGCAAAGACCAAUCUUUUUGACCACUUCAUGGCCUUGCGGACCAGCCUGGUGAUCGAGAUGCGAAAUAUCACUUGGGCAUACAAAUACUACGCCUUAAAAUAUAGCAGAGUCAUUUUAGAUGUGCUCAAGUCGACCGCUGAGUACCGGCAAGAUAAGCUGGCCAUCAAGCAAGACAUCGACAACGCAGAUGCUGCCACUUCGGGCCUCUACCAGGACGUGCAGGAUGACCAGAUCUUGAGCUUCACGAGUCCCCGCCAAGUCCGCAACUUCUCGUACGAGCUGCUGGCGUCAGGCGAGACCGGCGACAUCUGGGAUCACGCCGACGAACACACAGAUAUGCAACACAUCUACCGAUACUCUAGUAAAUCUUCGCCCCGUCCGGUGUUCAGCACCGUGAUGGAAUUUAUCUAA